CGGAAGUCCUUCGCGGACACUUCGCAGUGGCUUUUGUUCAAAAUGCGCGGCGCUUGGAUCGCCAGCAACACCGUUAUUUACAAUGAUGGGACCGCGCGCCCAGUCUCAAGCAGAGCUAAGCAUGACUCCGCCACAACGAUCAUCCGCUGCUGCUGACAGGUUGUGCACAGAGACUGUUCAGAAGAAUAACAGCAGUAAUACUGGCAUUAUUCUGGACAUUUCCACUCUCAAAAUGGCUGAUUUGGACUCUGUGGUUCCUCCUCUACCUCCACGAUACCGCUUUAGAGAUCUGCUGCUUGGGGAUCAAUCAUUUCAGAAUGAUGACAGGGUGCAGGUGGAAUUUUAUGUAAAUGAAAACACAUUUAAGGAGAGGUUGAAGCUGUUCUUCAUCAAAAACCAAAGGUCAAGCCUCAGAAUACGCCUCUUCAACCUCUCCUUGAAAUUGUUAACAUGCCUCCUCUACAUAAUCAGAGUCUCGUUGGAUGACCCAACUAACCAAGACGCAUGUGUACGGAAACACUGCACAAACAUCACAGAUGCCCUUUGCAGCAAAUCCUGUGCCAACUACACAACAAACCUGACUGCAGAACCCUCACAAAUAAACUGGGAGUUAAUAUUCUGGGUGAAUAGGAGAGUCCCUUUAUGGGCGAUACAGGUGACAGUGGCCUUAAUUAGCUUCUUGCAAGCAAUGCUCCUGGUAUAUCUUAGCUACAAGGGGAACAUUUGGGAGCAGAUUUUCCAAAUCUCCUUCAUUAUUGAGAUGAUCAAUACAGUGCCAUUCAUUAUUACAAUAUUCUGGCCUCCACUGAGGAACAUAUUUGUUCCUGUGUUCCUUAACUGUUGGCUUGCAAAAUCAGCACUUGAGAACAUGAUUAAUGAUCUCCAUCGUGCCAUUCAGCGCACACACUCUGCCAUGUUCAACCAGGUCCUCAUUCUGAUCUGUACUUUGCUCUGUCUGGUCUUCACUGGGGCUUGUGGAAUUCAGCACCUCGAGCGGGCAGGGAAGAGUCUCUCCCUGUUUGACUCUUUGUAUUUCUGCAUCGUGACCUUCUCGACUGUUGGUUAUGGAGACGUCACACCCAGAAUCUGGCCUUCUCAGCUACUGGUGGUCAUCAUGAUCUGUGUGGCACUGGUGGUGCUGCCAUUACAGUUUGAGGAGUUGGCAUACCUUUGGAUGGAGAGGCAGAAGUCAGGUGGAAACUACAGCAGACACCGUGCUCAGACAGAGAAACACGUGGUUCUCUGUGUCACUUCUCUCAAAAUAGACCUGCUCAUGGACUUUCUCAAUGAGUUUUAUGCCCACCCAAGACUACAGGAUUAUUAUGUGGUAAUACUCUGUCCCACGGAGAUGGACAUUCAGGUGCGACGUAUACUGCAGAUCCCUCUGUGGUCUCAAAGGGUGAUCUACCUCCAAGGCUCUGCACUGAAGGACCAAGACCUGAUGAGGGCCAAGAUGGACGAUGCAGAGGCGUGUUUCAUCCUCAGCAGUAGAAAUGAAGUGGACCGCACCGCAGCUGAUCAUCAAACUAUUUUGAGAGCAUGGGCUGUGAAGGACUUUGCCCCAAACUGUCCUCUUUAUGUCCAGAUUCUCAAACCCGAGAACAAAUUCCAUGUCAAAUUUGCAGGUCAUGUGGUGUGUGAAGAGGAGUUCAAGUAUGCCAUGCUGGCCCUGAACUGUGUGUGUCCAGCCACCUCUACACUGGUCACCCUCCUGGUUCACACAUCUCGUGGCCAGGAGGGUCAGAUGUCUCCUGAACAGUGGCAGAGAACUUAUGGCCGUUGCUCUGGGAAUGAAGUUUAUCACAUCCGUCUGAUGGACAGCAAAUUCUUUGGCGAAUAUGAUGGGAAGAGCUUCACUUACGCCUCCUUUCAUGCACAUAAAAAAUAUGGUGUCUGCUUAAUUGGCACAAAGAGAGAAGAAAAUAAGAGCAUCCUUCUGAACCCUGGUCCACGCCACAUCAUGGCUGCCACAGACACCUGUUACUACAUCAACAUCACAAAGGAGGAGAACUCUGCCUUCAUCUUUAAACAGGAGGAGAAGCACAGCAAAGGACUGUCAGUCACCGGCGUGUAUGAUGCCCCCUCUCGUCUCCCAGUGCAGAGCAUCAUCGCAAGCAUGGUUGAUCAGUCUACUUCAUAUGGAACUGUGGCCAUAGACCUGCAGAAUCCAGAUCCUCCAGUGGACAACAGUAAGCUGGCACUGCCUACAGAGAAUGGAGCGGGCAGUCGCAGACCCAGCAUUGCUCCUGUGCUGGAGAUUGCAGACUCCUCUGCCAUCCUGCCUUGUGACCUUCUCAGUGACCCCUCUGAAGAUGAGACCAACCAAUUAGAUGAGGAGGGAGCACCAGCCUUAGAGUGCAUUAAAGGCUAUCCUCCUAACUCUCCUUAUAUUGGAAGCUCUCCAACACUUUGCCACUUAUUGCAACAAAAGGCACCAUUUUGUUGCCUGCGACUAGACAAGGGUUGUCACCAUAAUAGUUUUGAAGAUGCCAAGGCCUAUGGCUUUAAGAACAAGCUGAUCAUCGUUUCUGCUGAGACAGCAGGGAAUGGCUUGUACAACUUCAUUGUGCCGCUGCGGGCUUAUUACCGGCCCAGGAAAGAACUGAAUCCCAUCGUACUGCUGUUGGAUAAUCCGCCUGAUAAUCAUUUUCUUGAGGCCAUCUGCUGUUUCCCAAUGGUGUACUACAUGGCUGGUACCAUAGACAAUUUGGAUAACCUGCUGCAGUGUGGGAUCAUCUACGCUGAUAACCUGGUGGUCGUGGAUAAAGAGAGCACUAUGAGUGCAGAGGAAGACUACAUGGCAGAUGCUAAAACCAUAGUCAACGUGCAGACCAUGUUCAGGUUGUUUCCUAGUCUCAGCAUAAUCACAGAGCUAACCCAUCCUUCUAAUAUGAGAUUCAUGCAGUUUCGUGCCAAAGACUGCUACUCCCAGGCUCUCUCCAAACUUGAAAAGAUAGAGAGAGAUAAGGGCUCUAAUCUGGCAUUCAUGUUCAGGCUCCCAUUUGCCGCAGGCAGAGUUUUCAGUAUUAGUAUGCUGGAUACUCUCCUUUACCAGUCUUUUGUGAAGGACUAUAUGAUUCUUAUUGCAAGACUCUUGCUAGGUCUAGACACCACCCCAGGCUCUGGCUACCUCUGUGCUAUGAAGGUAACAGAAGAGGACUUAUGGAUCCGGACGUACGGAAGACUAUUCCAGAAGCUGUGCUCAUCCAGCGCCGAAAUUCCCAUUGGGAUAUACCGCACUGAAUCUCACAUGUUCUCCUCCUCAGAGUCUCAGGUGUCUAUGGAGGACUGUGAGGACACGCGGGACCGUAGAGAAUCCUGGAAAGAGAAAACCGCCCACAGAAACUCCACAGGGAGCGACCAAUCAGAGCACCCGCUUCUGCGGAAGAAGAGCAUGCAGUGGGCGAGACGACUGAGCAGGAAAAACACUAAACCGCCCAGUCGAGCUGAACGCAUCAAUCAGCAGCGGCUGAACCUGUACCGGCGCUCUGAGAGGCAGGAGCUAUCCGAGCUGGUCAAGAACCGCAUGAAGCACCUGGGGCUGCCCACUGUUGGAUAUGAGGACGUAGCUAAUUUAACAGCAAGUGAUGUGAUGAACCGAGUAAAUCUAGGAUAUUUGCAAGCUACAUCAUUCGCUCGGACCCGCUGGCACAUGUGCCAGAGAAUCUCCCAGGGGCCCCGGCUGGAGCAAAGCUACGGCAGGACUAUGGAUCCGAGACAAGAGAUGAGACCCAUCUAUAAGAACUGGAAGAUCUCUCGUUGCUCUUCCCCCACUCCCUCCUCCGCCUUGAGCUGCUACAGCACCACAGUCUGCAUGAAUGGUGCCAGGACACACAGUCAACCAAACACACAGACAUGUGCCAACACAAGUUACCCUACCAAGCUAAAAGGCUAUAACUGUACCAUUUAAACACACAGAUUCUUCUUUUUGUAUGACGACACAGAUGUAGAAUCUAAUGGCACAUUUCAGACUUCUCUGAAUGUGGCUGGUUAUUACAUUUUUGUAUUUAAGACUUGGCAAAGAGGCUUAAAGCUGACAGUGCAAGUGUGAAGUGUAAUGUUGAAUCACAAUGGACCAAACAUGCUGUCCUAUGCACUUUGCGUAUAUAGGGCAGUAUAUGUAACAAAACAUCACAUAGUAUUCAAGUGGGUAGCUAGAGACAGAAGGAAUAAAACAAGAAUUAUGUCAGUCCACAAGAGUGGAUCAGAACACUAAAGUGAGGCUGGAUAGUGCCCUGUGAUAUAUAUAAGGUUUUAUUGAACAGAAUUAGUUUACAUCAGUGCUAUAUUUUGUACAUAUAUAGCACAAAAAGACAUAUAUAUAUUUGUACAUAAAUUAGCCACAUAUUAUUUUACAUUCUCAGUGACCUCUAAGUAUUAACAAGAUUUUGUCAGUUCUUCAGUUAUUUUGUCCUCAAAGCAUAAAGGACCUUAUUUUAAGAGUGCUAUGCCUUAAGCACAGUGCUAUGCUAUACGUCAUAUGCACAAAGUCAAUUAUCAUGGCCAUUAAGUUUUGGUAUCUUUGUGCAAGUAUGCGCUAAGUCUGGGUGCCAGUGGAUUUGGCGAAAUUGCAUGUGCAAAGCGCUAAUGGGCUGGGUCAAGUGCAGUUUAAUUCUGCGAUUCUUCUCCGGUUAUUGCACUGUGUGCGUCCUGAUACAUAGUCCACUGCAUUCCCAUCGAGCACCAGCGACAUAAAGACAGAAACUUCAUAAGUAGUGAGUAGUGUAAAUGGACUGUAUGAAUUAGAAGAAUAGAAAUAUGGACAUAUGUCCUUUUGUGCAUUGACUGAGUCCAUGUUGCAUGUCAGGCAUAUUUGCAUGACAGCAACAAGCUUCUUUUAUAUGCAUGGAAAAUGUGGUUCCCAUCAGGACUUGGAUGUAGGCUUCAUUAAAUUAUAGAGAAUGUAAGUAUUAUUGAUCAUAUUGAUCUACUGACACAAAAAUCAUGGCAAGUAUUAAAGGGAUAGUUUACCCAAAAAUGAAAAUUCUCUCAUGAUUUACUCACCCUCCUGGCAUUCCAAAUGUGUAUGACUGACUUUCUUCAGCAGAACACAAACAAAGAUUUGUCAAAGUAUAUCUCAGCUCUGUAGGUCCAUACAAUGCAAGUGAAUGGGUGCCAAACAUUUGAAGCUCCAAAAUCCAAAUAAAGGGACCAUAAAAGUAAUCCAUAUGACUCCAGUGGUUAAAUUCAUGUGUUCAUGUGAUAGGUGUGGGUGAGAAACAGAUCAAUAUUUAAGUAAAUUCUCCUCCCUGCCCAGGAGGGGAUGAUAUGCAUGAAGACUGUGAAUGACCAAAAACAGGGGAAAGUGUAAGUGAAGGAAAAAGGACUUAAACUGUAUCUGUUUCUCACCCACACCUGUCAUAUUGCUUCAGGCGAUAUGGAUUUAACCACAUCGUCUGGAGCACUUUUAUGUUGCCCUUAUGUGGAUUUUGGAGCUUCAAAAUUUGGCACCCAUUCACUUGGAUUACUAACCAUUUAACAGUGAUUGUAUCAGCCUGCCAGGUUAGGUUAGGCUGUGGAUUGAGGGAUCUGUGGUCAUUUUUGCAUGUAUUUCUCUUCUACCGGUCGAUUUUGCUUUUAAAAUUAACUUUGAAACACGAAAAACUUAAACCAAAAAUAUUUCUAAAUUCAAAUUACACUUCAAACGAAAAGGAUAUAUGAUAAAAAUAAAGUGGUCAAAAAAUAUUAUAUAACCAUCUCCCCAAAUCCAAAACUUUUAGCCUCUUCUCCAACUUCCUCCGCUGGCCACUUUUGCAGUGAUGUUGGUUAAAUAUCACACUAGGACAACAGGUGGAAAAUUACCAGUACAUAUUAGAUCAUAAAUAUGUAAAUAUGAUAAAAAUUAGAAUAAUUGAAAAAUAUACCCUGACCUCUAGAAAGUUUAAAGGAAUAGUUCACCCAAAAAUGGAAAUUCUCUCAUCAUUUACUCACCCUCGUGCCAUCCAAGAUGUGUAUGACUUUCUUUCUUUUGCUGAACACAAUGAAGAUUUUUAGAAGAAUAUUUCAGCUCUGUAGGUCAUUUCAAUGCAAGUGAAUGGUUGUCAGACAUUUGAAGCUCCAAAAAGUAGAUAAAGGCAACAUUAAAGUAAUCCAUAAGACUCCAGUGGUUUAAUCCAUGUCUUCUGAACAGUGCCUUUUUCACUGUACAUCUUGCAUUUGCAGUCUUUAGGCACGAUCAGGAUUUAAAGCUCGAUUACACUUGUGCAGACCACUAGAUGGCACUAUAUGAAGUUUAAUCGAGCUUGAGAUCAUGAUCGCCAAGGAGACUGCUGUCAAGAUUUAAAGUAAAAAAGGAGUUACAUUUUGGUCUGUUCUCACCCAAAAAUGAUUGGAUCACUUCAGAUGACAUUUAUUAAACCACUGGAGUCUUAUGGAUGAAUGUUUCUUUUAUGUGCUUUUUAGAGCUUCAAAGUUCUGGUCACCAUUCACUUGCAUUGUA